UGUGCUAGUAGAAAGGGACCAAUUGGAAGGGAAAUAGCACAGAAAGAUGGAUCCUCCUCCUCCUCCUCAUACGCAGACGAAAGAGUUGCCGACUAGUUGGCGAGGUGCCAAAUUUAUUUGGCGUGCUGUUCUCAUCUUCAAUCUCGGCCUCGGAGCCUACCUCUUUACAAGGCCCGCUAAGAAGGAAAGAAAGGCCAACAUUGCACCACCUGUUAUUCCAGCUGAGACUAGUACUCCCACUCCGCCUGCUCCUCAAAAUUUUGAACCCAUCUUUACUCCUAUUCCAGAACCUGUGAAGGUACCAGAGCCCCUUUCUGUAGAUCAGCAGCGCAGUGUUUUUGAAUGGAUGCUAGAAGAGAAGAGGAAGGUCAAACCUCAAAAUCGAGAAGAAAAGAAGAGAAUCAAUGAAGAAAAAGCUCUAUUGAAACAGUUCAUACGAGCAGAUUCCAUUCCGAAGAUCUGAUGUAACGUAGAUAAUUGAUCCAAAAUUUUCUUAGGCUGAACUUAGUUUUACUGAUCCAUCAUUUACAACUUGCCAUUCUUUUUA